ACACUGAUAACGUGGCAUUAUCAUGACCAUUAACAUUCAAGACCGCGCGCUGUAUAUUCAAGACGCGUUUAUCGCUUGUUCUAACAUCGAAUCGACAAUUUCAGAAAGAAAGAAGAAAAGAAACAAAUUCUGUAAUUUUAUCCUCGCAUAGUAUAUGUAAAAAUGAGUCAUUUUGUGACACGUCCGCCCAUCAUCAUCGGACGAAGAAGCCGGAAAUUGGAGUCAGAAAAUCAAGAUCAUUCGUAAUCGACUGGCCGGACAAUGGAACUCUACGGAAUUCUAUGUGGAAUUGUCGCACUAAUUCUCGCUCUUUAUUAUUACCUUACGUUGAACUUCGACUUUUGGAAAUCACGCGGUGUCCGUGGUCCACGACCUAUACCACUAUUCGGAAAUUUUAAAGAUGUUACAUUUUCGAAGAUAUCCGCGCACAAUUAUUUGACGAAAAUGUACAACAAGUACAAAGACGAACCAUUGUUUGGGAUAUUCGCUGGAAUGACACCUGUUCUUAUUGUAAAAGAUCUUGAUUUAAUUAAGAAUGUCCUUAUCAAAGAUUUCUCCACAUUUGCUAAUAGAGGAAUACCCACUUUCGAAAAGGCCGAGCCGCUGUCGCAUCAUCUCUUCUCUUUGGAGCCGAAGAGAUGGCGACCGUUGAGAACGAAUCUGUCACCUGUUUUUACAUCCGGUAAACUAAAGGAGAU